UGUACUCUGAUUCGAAGAUUUUUCUUUCUACACAUGAAAUUUGUAGCUGUUGAUAAUUUAUUCAACAUUGAAAAUGUUAGUGGAUGAAUCCAUACAGACCGGAGAUAUUGGUUCGGUUAGCCAGAAUCCAAGACAAAAAUUGUCCAGUCGUAAUUUACGUAUAUUCGCUAGUUAUGCAGAAUGUCUUCGUGGUCUAGAUCAAUUCUAUGGUCAGGCAAAACGGCAGAUUCUACAAUAUCAAUCACCAACCACCGGUCUAUUCCCUUCAAUGUCUAAUGAUGAAAUCGAAGCAUCAAUACGCGAUUCUAUCUACUGUUCAAUGGCUAUUUGGUCAUUAUAUCAAGCAUAUAUUCGACGUGUUGAUGAUAGCCAUGGAAAGGCCUGUGAACUUGGACAAAGUGUUGUUAAAUGUAUGCGUGGAAUCCUAUUCUCAUGGAUGCGACAUUCGAAAGAUAAGUUGGAAGUGUUCAAAACAAAUCAAAAUCCUCGAGUUGCCUUGCCGUCAAAAGUCAAUCUUACAACCAGUUUACUAUUGGAAAAUGAUGACAAAAAUGUUCGCCAUCUUCAAUUGGAUAUUGUUUCGUUAUAUCUCUUAUUCAUGGUACAGGUGAUCAAUUCAGGAUUGCAGAUCAUUUAUACAAUGGAUGAAGUACAUUUCAUACAGAAUCUAGUCUAUUAUAUUGAACGAACUUAUCGUACACCUGAUUAUGGAAUGUGGGAACAUGGUUCACUGUUUAAUCCGGAAACACCAGAAGUACAUGCAUCUUCGAUCGGAAUGGCUAAAUCGGCAUUAGAAUCGAUUAACGGUGUCAAUCUAUUCGGCGAGAAAGGAGCUGCAUGGAGUGUCAUUCAUGUGGACAUUGAUGCACAUUCACGAAAUCGACGUACCUUUGAAACUUUGUUACCACGUGAAUCUAUUUCAAAGAAUACAGAUGCCAGUCUUUUACCGACGAUUAGCUGGCCUUGUUUUGCAACUCAUGAUUCGGUAUUAUACAAUUCAACUAAAUCUAGAAUUGUUGACUUAUUAAAAACACCAUAUGGAUUCAAACGAUUUCUUAAGGAUGGCUAUGGAACAUCGAUCACGAUUAAUAAUGAAAAUCGUAAUUAUUCGUGUCAUGAAAUCAAACGUUUUGAAAAUAUUGAAUGUACAUGGCCAAUAUUCGGUUUGUUUAUGAUCAUCGAUGCUAUAUUCAAGAAUAAUGAAUCACAAUUGGCCGAAUAUAAGGAAUUAGUGUUUGAAAAAUUAUUGCGUCGAGAACCAAAUCAUGGUGACCCGAUUGUACCGCAAUAUUUUUACGUACCUCCGGAAUAUAUUGAAUCUGAAAGAAUCAGUCCGAAUUCAUUACCCCGAUUUUCCAGUACCGAAGACGGUGCUUUUCAAUCAUUACAUCUAAUGGGACAGUCGGUACUACUUGUUGCACAACUUUUGAUGGGUGGAUUUUUGGACACAAAAGAAUUGGAUCCUAUUCGCCGUUAUUCACCCAGUUAUGAACGUAAUCGUAAAAAUGGUCCGAAUUCCGUGUUUCAGGGCAAACUAUAUGGUACGGCUGCCGAAUUAGUCGUACAAGUUGUAUUGAUUUCCGAAUCAACUCGAUUGAAAGCAAUGAUGGCCACUUAUGGAAUUCAAACACAGACACCGGUAGAGGUUGAACCGGUUAAAAUAUGGUCAUCAUCACAAUUGGUCAAAAUAUAUGAAUAUCUAGGAAUAAAUGAAAAGCUUGGUCUUAAAGGACGACCAGCGAGACCGAUUGGCUCGUUAGGAACUAGUAAACUUUAUCGAAUUCUAGGUCGAACUGUUUUAUGCUAUCCAUUGAUUUUCGAGAAUUCAGAUUUCUAUCUAUCAAACGAUAUGGCCCUUUUGAUCGACGAUAUCAAAAAUGAAUUAAAUUUUAUAGGAAAAUAUUGGCGAAUGAGUGGACGACCAACCGUUUGUAUAAUGUUGAGAGAGGAAAAUUUACGUGAUGUUAAUUUCAAAGAAAUGCUCAAUCUACUUGUUGAAUUCAAAAAAGGUUAUCUUACAUCGACAGGUUUAAGGAUUAAAACAGGUCGUCUACAGAAUCUGAUUAGUUCAUCAAGUAUCGAACAUUUGGAUUUCACUGCACAAUUUUCACAAGAAUUAGAAAAAUUACCCGAACUACAAUCGUUUAGGCAGCCAGAACAUAAAAAUGAAUCUGGAUUCGAAUUAUUUGAUAAUAAUUCUGAAAAUGUACAUUAUGCUGAAUCGAAUGAUUUCAAUAGUCGAACAUAUGAAUCAAAACCCAUAUGGGAAGUGAUACAAGCACUUAAAUCCUGCCAAACAUUAUUCGGUCAAAGUCAAUUGUUAUGGAUUCUUUUGAAACGUGAAGGUCUACAUUAUACAUUGCCGGAAUUCGGUUCGACCAUAAAGGAAAACAUUGAAAAUGUUUGUCGACGAGCCGUACAAUUUCGAUUAUGGUCUGUAGUCAGAUUUUGCAGUGCAAUAUUGAAAAAAUUUGUCGAUUCCAUAUCGCCAAAUAUGACAUCCAUAUUGGUUAAUCAAAAGCAGAUUACUAUUGGAACUGGAUUCAAGGAAGUUCUCAUCGAUUAUCCUCGCACACCAACUGAAACUCAUAAUCUUAUUUAUUCAACAAGUGAAAAUGUAUGCGAUUCAGUUCUACAACAGGAAAUCAUUAUUUAUGUUGGUCAUCUAAUUUCAACAUCACCGAAUCUAUUUGAUGGAAUAUUUAAAAUACGAAUUGGUUCCGGUUUGAUGCAGGCUAUGCGAUUUUAUCUAUCAUUUAAAGAGGAAUAUGUUAAUGUAGGAAAAACUGAACUAGAAUCACUAUCGCCAACUGAAUUACGUCGAUUAUUGUUACGUGUUUUGACUGAUCAAGAUCUCAAGCCCAUACAACAACGACAAAUCAAUGGAUCAUUGGGUCGAUUUCCAACAAAUUUCAGUGAUAAAGUUUGGGAAAUUCUUAAACGAACCCGUUAUGGUGUUUCAGUUGGUAAUUACAAACUAUCCAGUUUGUUAUGUUCACAAACAUCACCACAAGAUCUAAAUUUUAUAAUUGAAGUAGAAAAUUUUAUCCUACAUGUACCGGCACCAGAAUAUCGACAAAUAUUGGUAGAGUUAUUAAUGGUUAUGUACAUAAUACUCGAAAGAAAUCCCGAACUUAAUUUCAAUUUUGGUGGAUCAGUUGAUCUAGAUAAAUUGGUCGAACGAGCGCUACGUCAAUACAAAAAAGGCGAAGAUCCGAGACAAACUAUACUGGAAUUCUAUCAAGAGGAUAAAAAUUCUAUAUCGGCAUUUUUUGCACGUUCCAUUUUGGAUACAUUGUUACAGAAUCCACAACAAGAAGAAUGUAAAAUUACAUGAAAUUGUAUUGAAAAUAAUUGAAAAAUAAAGAAUAUGCAAGCUUUAUGAUCAUAA